AUGUUGAUCGAGGAUUCAUUCACCGACGUUAAAACCAGCGAUGGAACUAAAAUGAGAAUCUUUAUCUUUCAUCCAAAGAUACCCAAUUAUCCACAAGUCAAAUUUCCUGGGGUAGUCGUUUACAGUGAGAUUUAUCAAGUUACACCACCAGUUGCUAGAUUUGCCAGAGAUAUUGCAGGACAAGGUUUCAUUGUUGCAUGUCCUUCGGUUUACCAUAACUUUGAGGGCCCUGAGGCAUUGGCUUAUGACGAUGAAGGGACCGACAAGGGUAAUAGAUACAAGAUAGAGAAGGAAUUGAGUUCAUAUGACGAGGAUUCCAAGUUGACCAUUGAUCACUUGUUGAGUUUACCUACGUGUAAUGGUAGCAUUGGUGCAACAGGUAUGUGUUUGGGUGGUCAUUUGGCAUUUAGAACUGCGUUGGAUCCUCGCGUCAGUGCAGCCGUCUGCUUCUUUGCAACUGAUAUUCAUAUCCAUGCACUUGGUAAGGGUAAAAACGAUGACUCUCUAAAAAGAUGCGGUGAGAUCAAGGGUGAGUUGGUUAUGAUUUUUGGUGACAAGGAUAACCAUGUUUUUUUGGAAGGAAGAGAUUUGAUUAGAAGUGAAUUGAGACGUAAUAAAGUACAAAUGACCUUUAUCGAAAUCAAUGAUGCUCAACAUGCAUUUAUCAGAGAUGAAAAUAGUAAGGGGAGAUACGAUCCAGCUGUUACAAAGUUGUGUUUCGACUGGUUGUUGGAAUUGUUCAAUCGUAAAUUGAAAUUGGAUUAUGGCGACCACGAUGGGAAGGACAGGGUCAUCGAAGAUGUUUGUUAG